CGCGCUCUUCUAUGCACGGAACGCGUAUUUUGUUUUCGCGCCAAAAGUUUUUCGACACAGAUUAACAAACCGCGGAAAAUGUAUACAAAUAAAAGUAGUGUUUUGUUUUUUUUUUGAAGAAAUUGGUAAUAACUUUGGUGUUUGUUGAUUUGUGCGUGUUUUUGUAAUAAAUAUGUAACAGCGAAGAUAAUAACGGGGAGCGGCGAUAGUGCAACCUCUUUCUUUUCGCUUCAUUUUUAAAUUCAGUGUUCGAUUUUCGAAUCUGUGCUGUGUGCUGCCAGUUUUAUUUUUAAAUCGCGAGUGCAAUAAAAACUUUUUGGAGUAUUGUUCACAAAUUCCUGUUCCAUUUGACAGUUACGAGUGUAUUGUGUUGGUGCGUGUGUGCGUGUAUAAUGUCAGAGUAUGGGUGAGCCAACCAUUCACAAGACCUGCGUUCGGGUGAACUCGGCUGAUGACAGCUCGAGGGACGAAGUUGACCAUGACUUGCCAAAGAGAAAUCCUUUUAUACGGGGCUCAGACCCGCGCAUCGCGACGUGCCGAGGCCGGCUGCAGACGCGCCGCUGCCAACUCAACCAGGAGAUCAACAAAGAGCUGCGCUUGAGGGCCGGCGCUGAGAACCUAUUCAAGGCAACCACAAACAGAAAACUACGUGAGACAGUUGCGUUAGAACUCAGCUUCGUGAACUCAAACCUGCAGCUGUUGAAAGAGCAACUGGCGGAAUUGAACUCCUCUGUGGAAUUAUACCAAAACGACAGCAAAGAAUGCGUCAUGCCUAUGAUACCUCUUGGGCUCAAGGAGACAAAAGAAGUGGACUUCAGAGAGCCCUUCAAAGAUUUCAUUCUGGAACAUUACAGUGAAGAUGCUGCGACGUAUGAAGACGCCAUAUCCGAUUUCAUGGAUAUGAGACAGGCUAUACGGACCCCAGUUCGGUCAACAGCAGGAGUAGCUCUGCUCUUCAAAUACUAUAACCAGCUGUACUAUAUCGAGAGACGGUUCUUCCCGCCUGAUAGAUCUUUGGGCGUGUACUUCGAAUGGUUCGACUCUUUGACAGGAGUACCCUCAUGUCAAAGGACGGUAGCUUUCGAAAAAGCCUGCGUACUGUUCAAUAUAGCUGGCAUAUACACACAGAUUGGAGCGAAGCAGGACCGGCACACGUGCGCGGGGCUGGACGGCGCGGUGGACGCGCUGCUGCGCGCGGCCGGCACGCUGCGCUACAUACACGAGAACUUCACCAACGCGCCCUCCGUCGACCUCGCCGCGCACACGCUACUCGUGCUCGGCACUCUUAUGACUGCGCAAGCCCGCGAGUGCCUCUUCGAGAAGCUGCAGCUGCAGGCGCGCGAGGCGUGCAGCGGCCGCGACCGCGAGCUGUGCGACGACCUGCACAUGUGCCUCGACCUCGCGCAGGAGAGCGCGCAGCUCGCGCACACCUACCGCCAGCUCUACGAUAAGAUGCAAACAGACGGCGUGUUCAACUACGUGCCCUACUCCUGGGUGUCGCUGGUGCACGUGAAGUCGGAGUUCUACAAAGCGCUGGCGCACCAGCACUGCGGCGCGGGCCUGCUGCACGCCAGCGCGCCGCGCCUCGCGCGCGACCGCCUCGCCGCGCUCUACGCGACCGACUGCAACCAGAACGGCUCCCUGUCGAGCUUCAAGUACGACGAGGACAUCGACCACGUGGCGCUGGGCCGCGCGCACUCCGCCGAGGCGCUCGCGCUGUACGACGAGGCGCUGCGCUUGCAGAGGAUGUGCCGCGAGCUCCGCGGCAAGGAGGCGCUGGCGCGCGUGGUGUGCGCGCACCGCGAGCGCGCCGCCUGCGACAAGCGCGAGCCCGACUUCGCCGAGCUGCUCGACGUGCCCGACAUCCUGCCGGCUUCAAAGUUCCAACUAGCGCUCACUCCUCCCGACUUCUCUCAACACCGGGUGGACGACCUUUUCAAAUCCCUCGGCCCCAUAGCGGUGUUCUCAGCGAAACGACACUGGAGCGCGCCCCGCUUGCUGCAACUACAGAAGCACACAGACACACGCCGACGGACGGACAGACAGAAGAAACGGGACCGAUCCGAAGACAACAGCACGUACUACAGUCGAGACGAGAAAUUCGACUACGAAGUGACCAAACAAAAUGGCGUCUAUAUAAACAGCUUCGAGAAUAUCGACUACCAUCCGAAGGUGAUUGAGUAUGGGAAGAGUAGGAGGGAGUUGAGGCGAGUCGCGAGUGAGUACAACGUGAGUGAGGAGGGGUUCGGGUUCUCCGUGAGAGGGGGGGCGCCCGUGGCUAUAGCUGCUGUGGAACCUAACUCGCUCGCUGAUAUGGCCGGUAUGCGGGAAGGAGAUUUCAUAAUCUCAAUAGGAGAUAAGGAUGUAAAAUGGAGCUCUCAUGAGGAAGUGGUGCACUUGAUACAACAGGCAAAGGAUUCUCUCACUCUGCGGUUGGCCACGCCCAUGGACAAGAACGCUGUGAAGGCGUCACCCGACACGAGCCGGCAGUCCAGCUCAACCAAUGGCUCAGUAUCCGCCGCAUCCACAUCGAGCGGUUCGACCGCCGCGACCAACCGCUCCGCCCGCCGCCUGCCUUCCUGGAACCCGUUCCGCCGGCACUCCGCGAGGGAACAACCGCAACAGACUAACGUCAUAUUCAGAUAGAUUCAAUAAAUAAAAAAAAUGGUGUUGUCUUUUAUUGCUGUCAGUUGGCAGUAAAUUGGCGGGAAUUAAAAAAAAAAAUUAUUGCUCGUUGGUGACAGUUGAGUUGCGGGAAAAAAUGUGUUCUUUAUUUGCUGUCAGUUGAGUUGGCAGGAAUGAUGCUCUGGGCUUGUGUAAAGAUAAAAAAAAAAUAUACUGCCACCUGUGAGUAUUGCAUUGGCUGGAAGAUUUUAAUACAGCUCAAAAAAUGUUAUUCGUAACAACUGUCAAUAACAGUACAUUGGCGUGAUCAUCUUUCUUUGAAAUGGAAAAUAAUAAAAUUUAGGAAAUAUAGCCUCCAUGAUCAUUAAAUCUAAUUGAAAUGUAUAAAUUUAUAUAAGGUAAUUACUGCAACAUACAUUAAGAUAAUCCUUAUACAAUUCGUUGGAAAUUAAAUAUAUUCUCCAUAGAGUAUCGUACACUAAGCAUAAGUAACCAAAACGAUUGUAUGUAAUUUAUUAUAUUUUGCUUUAACUGAAUAAAGCAACAUAAAAUAUAUUAAAUCCAAAUAUAAUAAGAAUAAUUUACUUCUGCUAUUACUAAAUUGUUGUAUUCUAUUAAUUUUUUUAUAAUUAAAUGAUUAAAUGUAUAUAAGUAGAGUUUAAAAAAAUAAUACUAAGGAAAAACAUUUCUACAUGUAUUUAUUCCUAAGAACUGAGCCUACUUUCGAAUAUUAUGUGUAAAAAUAUUUUUAAUUUAUAAAUAAAAUUAUAUUAAUGGAUUAACUUCUGUGAUUGGUAUGAUUAAUAUUUUGUAAAAAAAAUUUAAGAAGAAUAAAUUUAAAUGGCUAUGAAAAUCCAAAGUCGAUUAUUUAAUAUAAUCGCCUAUUAUUUUUGCUUUAUCACAAAACGUUGUACUUAAUAUUCUUAUGUUAUUUUUAUUAGCUAGGUAGUUGUUUUAAAAUGGUAUGAAAUAAAAUUUCUCUUUUUUUCAAUUUCAACUGUCGCAUCUUUAUUUCAUUUAAGACGUGCACAGUUGCCGAAAAAACGAAUUUAUUGUUUUGCGAGGCAGUCUAUAUUUUAUUAUUUUUGCUGGACACAGCUAUUUUAGAAAUUUCGUAUUAUAUAUGUUCCUUACUUUUCUUAUGCCCUAUCUAUUAAUCCAUCCAAAUGGGUAAUACUUUUAUAGUCCUUCUACGUUAUCUGUGCAAAGAAAUGUUGUAAAAAAAAAAUGCGCGAAAUAUAUUUUUGUUUUUUUAUUUCAUUUUUUUUUUCAUAGCUAUGUCCAGUAUUAAUACAGUUUCUCCACAUAUCAAUAUAAAUUUUAAGAAAAAUAUGGUUUUAUGUUUUGUUAUUUUAAAAAUAUAAAUGGAAUUAAUAUGUUUUGGAUGUGAUCGAUAUUAAAGUUUUAUUUUUUGUAAAGCAUUGAUCGCACCCAAAAAGACUACUAAUAUUAAUUUUAAGUGUAUAUCGUUGUAAUAUAUUUUAUAGUAUACCGAGAAUUGUAUAAAUUAUCACUGUAUAAAUUUUCGUGGUAAUUAAAGAUUGUUAAAAUAAAUUA